AUGAGUGCUCCUCAACUUGGCUUGAUUCAAGCAGUUGUUGCGGAAGAGCAUGCGGGUGCUAUCCUCAACCAUGUCUUAGGACACGAGGAGAUGUGUAGGCGAACGUUCAAAGUCACCGUGCAGUACAAUCGUGGCAACCCCAACAGCACACCCAGUAUCUUCACCGCCCAUGUCCGAGCCUGCUACCGCGAAGGGCAUUUCCAGCCGCUCAUACCGUUCAUUGAGAACGCCGUUGCCUUCUACGCGGGUCCACCCUCUCCGUCUCCCCCCUUUCCACACACGUAUCCCUCCACGAGCUACCAGUGGUACCACAUACUAGAUGUGCGUACUAACAACCUAUCUCUCAUCGUGCCACUGGGCAUGUAUGCGGCAUACCUGUCUCGAUCGACGGGAUAUGCAACGGGUGUACUGGAUCGUAUUGAACCUCGACCCUAUUGGGUGGUCCCGAGCGAAACGGGAGGAAUGGGAGUACCUAUCGCUCCUCGCGUCACCGCACCAUUGCGGUACGGCGAAUCUGCUUUCACUCACGCAGAUGGGAGCGCAAGGUCGACGGUCUAUGUCAGGUUCCAGUGGCCUGGUUAUGAACCUUUUGAACGGCAACUCCGCGUGCUUAGCAACGCAUCAGAUUCGGGCAUGUUCCAGCGAGUGGUGACCCAUGUCAAAAACGCUGUCCGUGCAUUCAUUUCUACCCACGCCGAUGCGGAAACAUCGUCUCCUCGCUGGGCUGUCGGAAACACGCAUGGUCGUAUCUCAGAGAACGAUGUCAUUCUCCUCGCCAUCGUCGAAGUGUCUCGGGGCACGAUUAUGCCCAUCCUCAAAGUGCGCGAUGGUUUUGUCUUUCCUGGUGCGGCGACAAGAGCGUCCUCGAUCGCGCAUGGUACCUUCAGCCGUCCUGCUACUCCUAGCCGUGCUGCGACGCCCACACCUCUUGCCGCGCCAACAGGCCGGUCUAUCAACCCGUUCCGGGCUGGGACUCCCUUUCGCAUGGGCGCUCCCCAUCGCGCUGGCACUCCCACUCCCGCUCGUACAACUAGGAGCACUGUCUCUUCCUUGAGCUUUCUCCAGAGCAUAGAUACGAUGUUCUUGCGUCGCCCUCUCGUUGAUGUUGGUUUCGUUUGA